GUCACACAGCCUACCACAGAGUCCAGAUGUGAAGCAGCCGGUGACUAACAAUGGACCCCAGAUAAAGCUGACAAACACUGGGAUGCUGUCUUCACUUGGGACUGAUUGCUAAAGGACCCUGGAGGGGGAAUCUUUGUCCUGGGGAUAUUGAUACAGGGGUUCUGGAGGCCUGGUUGGCUUUGGAAGUUCCUACAGUGGGCCAGUGUCUGGUCAGCAGUUGGCAGAGAUGAUUUCUUUUUGGGAGGCAGGGAAAACAAACCGCCUUCUCAAAGCUGGGGCCUGAAAGUUGGUAGCGGGAGGGGGAAAACUACAACUCCCAGAAGCCCCUGCUCCCCAGCGAGUCGAGUAUGGUUGUCAUGGUUUCAGAAAACAAUAUGGCUGCUCCCAUCUGGGACGCGAGUCUGGGUUAGAGAGGCAGAGGAGGAUCUGGGCGGCGGGAGUGGCAAGAGAGAAGCUCUUGAGGGGUCGUGAGACUGGGCCUGGACCCCGCACAGCUGGAAUGGCCUGACCUUUCUGAGGGCUCCAAUGGCGGGCAGCGUGGACGAGGAAGCGCUGCACCAACUCUACCUGUGGGUAGACAACAUCCCUCUGUCCCGGCCCAAGCGAAAUCUCUCCCGGGACUUCAGUGACGGAGUCCUGGUCGCAGAGGUCAUCAAGUUUUACUUCCCCAAGAUGGUGGAGAUGCACAAUUAUGUCCCUGCCAACUCUCUCCAGCAGAAGCUGAGCAACUGGGGUCACCUGAACAGGAAGGUGCUGAACAAGUUGAACUUCUCUGUGCCGGAGGAUGUGAUGCGCAAGAUCGCACAGUGCGCCCCGGGUGUGGUGGAGCUGGUGCUCAUUCCCCUGAGGCAGCGCCUGGAGGAGCGGCAGAGGCGCAGGAAGCAGGGCACCGGCUCCUUACAGGAGCUGGCUCCCCAGGAUGGCACUGACUACAUGGAUGUGGUUCCCCCACCAGGGAUCAAACCCAUGUCCCCUGCAUUGGAAGGCGGAUUCUUAACGACUGGACCAGAAGUCCCCAGGGGUUACUCCUGCACUUGCCUUGUCUCAGGUUUGUCCCAGAAGGCCCGAGGGGAAGGUGCCCCAGACUCCCAGGGAGGGGAGCAGCUCAGGGGGAGCCGGCUGCGUGUGCCCCGGCCUCCGGGGUAUAACCAGGCGCUGCAGGGCGACCCGAGCUUCCUCCUCCAGAUUGCUGAAAAGGAGCAGGAGCUAUUGGCCUCGCAGGAGACCGUGCAGGUCCUGCAGAUGAAGGUGAGACGCUUGGAGCACCUGCUCCAGCUCAAGAACGUGCGCAUUGAAGACCUCUCCCGGCGGCUCCAGCAGGCGGAGCGUAAGCAGCGGUGAGCCAGCUGCUCCAGUGAGCCUCCUGGGACACAAGUGCCACCCCCACCCCCCCCCCCCGCCUUUGGGGUGUGAGUGAGCGUGGGGGGAGGUGGGACAGGAACCCUCCAAGCGGAGCCCCAGGACUGAGCCACCUCCUUCCACUGCAUCCGGAUCAGGAGAAUGGGCCAUUUUCCAGAACCUAGAAGCCACAUGCAGAGACCUGGCAUGCACCCCAAAGAAGUGCCUGACACCAGGAGCUCCGCCUUGGUGCUCCCUGUGCUGGGCCAUGGGGGGUGGUCCCCCAGCUCAGUCCAUACCCCUAGAACCAGGUCCCCGCCCAGCUCUGAUGACAGUGGUGUCUCCAUCCACCCUAGUCCUAUGUACCCUGGGCCAAAGGGGAAGCUGCCCCAGAGAGCUGAGGGGCUUCCUUACCCCUCCUGGGCACUCACCUGGGACCCAGUUGGAGGCUGGAGAGCACAGCAGCUGAAGAGAAAAAGGGGUGAGGAGUGAGCUUAGCCAGGAGUGGGGAAGACAUGGGCUGUGCCUAUUCCAGCUGCCCUCCUCUCCCAUGGGGUAUGUUGAGAAUGUUGGGGGACAUGGGUCUGGGUUGCCCCCAUUAAAGGUAUGUUCUCCUUCCUGUGCCUGCCUUCCGUUCUCUGAGGGCAGUGAGCUCCUGUCCCCCUUGUGCUACCCCCCACCCCUUAAGCGCAAGAGCCUUGUGGGUAGCUGGGCCCUCAAGUGGCCACUGCUUGGUAGCUUGAUGAUACCACCAGGAGUUAGGUCUUGUGCACUAGGACAGCCUGACUUCUAACUCUGACCUUACACUGACCCCCAAACCUACUCUCACAGUGUCCUCCAACCCUGCCCAAACCCAACCACAAACCCAGGCUUCAGAUUCUCCCCAAAUGUAGCCACAUAGCCACCAUCAACCCUGCUUAUGGACUCACCUCUAAAUCUGUCCGCUGUAUGACUCCCAGCCCUGCCCACAGACUGACCCCAAGUUCUAUGGACCAAGGCCAAGCUUGACUCCCAACCCUGACCAAGAUACCAUGGCCUGGAUUGGGAUACCAAAUUGU